AUGAGCCAAAGAACAUCAAGAAAAUCUCUUUCUUCAAAUGAAAAUAUUCUUUAUGAAUUAAAUGAUUAUGAUCUUCAACGAAAACCACAAAUAUUAAUUGAUGAUAACCGUAUUCAAUGUGUACCUAUUGAUCCUGUAUUGAAAAGUCUAGCUUGUCCCAUUUGUCUCGAUUUACUCAAUCGAACAAUGGUGACAACAACAUGUUUACAUCGUUUCUGUGCCGAUUGUAUUCAUCGUUGGCUUAAAUCUGAAAAUAAAGUAUGUCCAACUUGUCGAAAAGUACUUAAAUCAAAGCGAUAUCUUCGAUCGGAUGUUCGUACAGAUUCAUUAGUGGAUAUGAUUAAGAAACAACAAGCAAAAGCAAAUGAACUUGCACAAAUUUAUCAUGAACAACAGCAACAAGAUGAAUGA